CACUACUACUAUGAGAAAAAACAGAUCAUGAUUUGUUUUCUGAAGCAGCUGGUGUAAAUGACUGCUACUGCCUCCCAGACCAAGAUAACCUGCUCAGUCAGCUGGAGCCCCCUGUGGACAGCUGUCUCUCUGUCUCUCAGCUGAUGGAAACUGCUACUAACUGCUGAAUGGGGGAGAGUGAAGUAACAACCACAGCACCAGCUACAGCAGCAGCACCAGCCGCAACGGCAAGCAAGGGCUCUAUUGUUCCCUGGUGUUAAACAGCAUUCCCCCCUCAUUUCAACUGGCAUGCACAAUAGCUGGAAAGCCCUUUCCACGAAGCCCUCCCUGUGAAGAAAUUCUGAAGGAGGAAGAGCAAUUACUCACACCAGGGUUAUCUGUUGUGCUACAGAUAUUGUUUUUUAUUUAUAUAUAUCUGACACUGGAAGCCUGCUUCUGGAAGGCAUGAUGGGGCUGAGAGAGAGGAGUGCAACCUCAUUCGGUGGUCCAGGGGCUUCAGCUCUUUCAAGCAAGUGCACUGGAGUUCUUCUGCUUCUCCUCUUUGGAAUCUGGGGAGCUAGGACACAAAGUGAAUUUGAAACUUCAUCUGUCUAUUUGUGGAAGAUGGGUCCAUGGGGCAGAUGUAUGGGAGACGAAUGUGGCCCAGGAGGGACCCAAACUCGGGCCAUCUGGUGUGCCCAUGUUGAAGGAUGGACCACACUGCUCACAAACUGCAAGCAGGCAGAGAGGCCUGACAACCAGCAGAGUUGCUUCAAGAUUUGUGACUCACACAAGGAAUUGUAUGAUUGGCAAUUGGGCAACUGGAAUCAGUGCCAGCCAGUUCUUUUGAGGAGCUUAGAAAAGCCAACAGAAUGCAUCAGAGGGGAAGAAGGCAUUCAGAGGAGGGAUGUGAUAUGUGUCCAAAAAUCGAAUGGUGUUGUAGCCGACGAUGCAAUAUGUGAGUACUUUGAGCCAAAACCUCAGUUGGAACAGGGAUGCCUAAUCCCUUGCCGGAAGGACUGCAUUGUAUCCGAGUUCUCGGCCUGGUCAGAGUGUUCCAAGAGUUGUGGCAAAGGGUUGGCAUAUCGUUUUCGCCACAUUGUUGCCCCACCGCAGUAUGGGGGCUCUGCCUGUCCUAACCUGACUGAUUUUCAGGUUUGCAGCUCCUCUCCAUGUGCUACUGAAGAAAGCUUGUAUAGCCUGAAUGUGGGGCCAUGGAGUACCUGUUCAAUGCCCCAUUCACGGCACAUAAGGCAAGCCAGGAAACGUGGAAGGAACAAGCAGAAAGACAAAGAAAAAGACAAGGAGAAAGAUAAGGAGAAGGAGAAAGCAAUCAGGGAUCCAGAAGCCCGUGAGCUUAUUAAGAAGAAGAGGAAUCGUAACAGACAGAACAGACAGGAGAACAAAUAUUGGGACAUACAAAUUGGAUACCAGACGAGGCAGGUGAUGUGCACUCACAGAAAUGGGAAGACCGUUGCCUUGAGCUUUUGUCAGCAAGAGAAGUUGCCAAUUACCUUCCAGUCUUGUGUGAUGCCUAAGGAAUGCCAGGUCUCAGAAUGGUCUGAAUGGAGCCCAUGUUCCAAAACAUGUUUUGAUAUGACAUCUCCUAAAGGUAAUCGUACAAGAACACGGACCAUUAAGCAGUUUCCUAUUGGCAGUGAAAGUGAGUGUCCAGAACUUGAAGAAAUGGAGCAGUGUAUAUCUCAAGGAGAUGGGGUGGCUCCGUGUAUCACGUACGGCUGGAGAACAACAGAAUGGACAGAAUGUCGCAUUGACCCUUUACUUAGCCAACAGGAUAAACGACGAGGGAAUCAAACUGCUCUUUGUGGAGGUGGAAUUCAGACUCGGGAGAUAUAUUGUGUGCAAGCUAAUGAAAAUCUCCUCUCCUAUUUAAAUACUCUCAAGGAAAAAGAAGAAAGUCAGUCACAGAGUACAUCGAAGGCUAGUGCUGCACCACUCCUGUCCAUCACUUUUGAAAUAACAGCAUCUAAACCUGUGGAUUGGAAACUGUGCACAGGCCCAACUCCUAUUACAACUCAGUUGUGCCAUAUUCCAUGUCCCAUAGAGUGUGAGGUAUCAGCCUGGUCAGCUUGGGGGCCAUGUACAUUUGAAAGCUGUGAUGACCAACAGGCCAAAAAAGGUUUUAAACUGAGAAAACGGCGCAUCACCAAUGAACCUACAGGAGGCACUGGCAACUGUCCUCAUUUACUUGAAGCCAUUCCAUGUGAAGAGCCUUCUUGCUAUGACUGGAGAGUAGAUAGACUGGAAGAAUGCAUUCCAGACAAUGAAAAGGAGUGUGGGCCUGGUACUCAGAUUCCUCAGGUGGUCUGUAUCAACAGUGACGGAGAAGAGAUUGAUAGACAGCUGUGCAGAGAUGCUAUCUAUCCAGUCCCCAUUGUCUGUGAAGUUCCAUGCCCAAAGGACUGUGUUCUCAGCACAUGGUCAGGAUGGUCUUCCUGUUCUCACACCUGCUCAGGAAAAACCACAGAAGGAAAACAGAUGCGUGCUCGCUCCAUCUUGGCAUAUCCAGGUGAAGGUGGACUUCAGUGCCCAAACAGCAGUUCACUUCAGGAAACACGCAACUGCAAUGAACACCCAUGUACAGUGUACUAUUGGCAGACAGGAGCUUGGGGUCAAUGUAUAGAGGAUGUCUCUGUGUCAGCAUUCAAUUCUUCUGCUGGCUGGAAUGGGGAGGCCACUUGUGCCGUUGGAAUGCAGACAAGAAAAGUCAUCUGUGUGAGGGUCAAUGUGGGACAAGUAGGACCCAAAAAGUGUCCUGAAAGCCUUCGACCUGAGACUGUAAGACCUUGCUUGCUGCCCUGCAGGAAAGAUUGUAUUGUAACUCCAUACAGUGACUGGACACCUUGUCCUUCCUCCUGUCAAGAAGGGAGUGCUUCAGUAACAAAACAGUCUCGACAUCGGGUUAUACUGCAGCUCCCUGCAAAUGGUGGUCGUGACUGCCCUGAUACUUUGUAUGAAGAAAAGGACUGUGACCCCUCUCCUGUCUGCCUGUUUUACAGGUGGAAGACACACAAAUGGCGCAGGUGUCAACUUGUACCAUGGUAUGUUCGCCAAGAUAGCCCUGGUGCUCAGGAAACAUGUGGUCCUGGUCUACAAGCAAGAGCUAUUACUUGUCGAAAACAAGAUGGUGGCCAAGCUGAUAUUGGUGAAUGCCUUAAAUACGCAGGCCCAUUGCCACCUUUAACACAGCUUUGCCAAAUCCCUUGCCAAGAUGACUGUCAGUUCACAAGCUGGUCAAAGUUCUCUUCUUGCAAUGGGGACUGUGGAGCAGUUAGGACAAGAAAGCGUUUUCUUAUUGGAAAAAGUAAGAAGAGGGAGAAAUGUAAAAACCCACAGCUGUAUCCUCUGAUUGAGACUCAAUUCUGCCCAUGUGACAAGUAUAAUGCUCAGCCAGUGGGAAACUGGUCAGACUGCAUUUUACCUGAGGGCAAAGUGGAUGUCCUACUGGGAAUGAAAGUACAAGGAGACAUCAAAGAGUGUGGACAAGGCUACCGCUACCAAGCCAUGGCUUGUUAUGAUCAAAACGGCAGACUUGUUGAAACAUCCCGAUGCAAUAGUCAUGGAUACAUUGAGGAAGCCUGCAUCAUUCCUUGCCCUUCAGACUGCAAGCUCAGUGAAUGGUCCAACUGGUCUCGAUGUAGUAAAUCAUGUGGCAGUGGAGUUAAAGUCAGGUCUAAAUGGCUCCGGGAGAAGCCCUACAAUGGUGGAAGGCCCUGCCCUAAGUUGGAUCAUGUCAAUCAGGCUCAGGUAUAUGAGGUGGUCCCGUGCCACAGUGACUGCAGUCAGUACAUUGGAGUCCCUGAACCCUGGAGUGUAUGCAAAGUGACUAAUGUGGACUCAAAGGAGAAUUGUGGUGAAGGUGUGGAAACCAGAAAAGUGAGAUGUAUGCAAAACACUAUGGAUGGUCCUUCAGAUGUUGUUGAAGACUACUUAUGUGACCAAGAAGAGUUGCCUAUCGGUGCUAGAAAAUGUACACUGCCUUGUCCAGAGGACUGUGUCAUGUCAGAAUGGGGCCAGUGGUCUAGAUGUUUAUUGCCAUGUAAUGGAAGCAGUGUGAGGGAACGGAGAGCAGAAGUUAUGAGGCAACCUCAAGAAGGAAAGGCCUGCCCUCCAGCUGUGGAGACAGAAACUUGCAGUCUGAACAAAAAUUGUUACCACUAUGAAUACAAUGUGACAGACUGGAGUACAUGUCAGCUAAGUGAGAAAGCUGUCUGUGGUAAUGGGAUCAAAACAAGAAUGCUUGAUUGUGUUCGUAGUGAUGGCAAGUCAGUUGACCUGAGGUACUGUGAAGAGCUUGGCUUGGAAAAGACAUGGCAUAUGAACACAUCCUGUACAGUGGAAUGUCCUGUGAACUGUCAGCUUUCUGACUGGUCUCCAUGGUCGGAGUGCUCUCAGCCUUGUGGCCUUGCAGGAAAGAUGAUACGAAGAAGAACUGUUAUCCAGCGCUUCCAAGGUGAUGGGAGACCUUGUCCUUCACAAAUGGAACAAUUCAAGCCCUGCCCAGUAAAACCUUGCUAUCGAUGGCAGUACAGUCAGUGGGCUGAAUGCAAAGUUGAGGAUGCUCAGUGUGGAGAAGGAACAAGAGUCAGAAAUAUUUCCUGUAUGGUCUAUGAUGGAUCAAGUGAUGAUACUGGCAAAAUAGUGGAUGAAGAAUUUUGUGGGGAAAUAGAACCAGUUGUGGAUGGGAAUAAGAAAAUUGUACUUGAAGAAACUUGUACCUUACCUUGUCCAGGUGACUGUUACUUAAAGGAGUGGUCAGAGUGGAGUCUUUGUCAGUUGACCUGUGUCAACGGUGAAGAUCUUGGUUUUGGUGGAAUACAGGUUCGAUCACGAGCAGUGAUUAUUCAAGAUCUGGAAAAUCAGCACCUCUGCCCUGAGCAGGUUUUGGAAACAAGGCAAUGUAAUGAUGGUCAGUGUUUUGAAUACAAAUGGAUGGCCAGCCCAUGGAAAGGAUCUUCUCGGACAGUAUGGUGCCAGAGGUCAGAUGGUUUGAAUGUUACAGGAGGAUGCUUACUGAUGCACCAACCAGAGGUUGACAGAUCAUGUAAGCCACCCUGCAGUCAACCCUAUUCUUACUGUAGUGAGAUUAGAACUUGUACUUGUGAAGAAGGGUACACAGAAGUGAUGUCUUCUGAUGGCACACUUGAGCAAUGCACUCUCAUCCCGGUGGUAGCCAUCCCCACAGUGGAAGACAAAAAGGGAGAUGUAAAAACCAGUCGAGCUGUGAACCCCACACAGCCAUCCAAUACGCAAACAGGACGAGGAAGAACUUGGUUCCUGCAGCCUUUUGGACCAGAUGGGAUGCUGAAGACCUGGGUUUAUGGUGUUGCUGCUGGUGCAUUUGUUUUGCUCAUCUUUAUUAUUUCUAUGAUAUAUCUAGCCUGCAAAAAGCCAAAGAAGCCUCAAAGAAGACAGAACAACCGUCUGAAACCUUUAACGCUGGCUUAUGAUGGAGAUGCAGACAUACUCAUCAGUUAAUACAGCCUAUAUGAAGAUACAAAAAAUGGUACACCGUGUUCCAGUUUCCUAAUGUAAGCAGGGGGAUUCUAAUGCACUCUAGAGCUGAUUCAUCUAGAAUGGCUGUCCUAUUGAUAAUCCUGGGAGUAGAAUUGAUAUUUUCAAGAAUUUCUUUCGAUGGGGCAGCACUCCAAUCCAGUGUCAUUCCAUGAGUGUAUCCAGAGCUCUGCCUGAUGUCAGCUUUUUAAAAAAUACUCCUUGCAAUAUAACUACUUCCAGCUGCUUAAUUUCUUUCAGUAAUCUCUUCUGUUCAAAUGGGUUUUCAGUGUAUUACUUACUAAGAUGAAGCCUAUUUUGCUGCUAGUGCUCUGCAACCUUUCCAAGAUACAAGGUCAUUCUUCCUAAGAUAGCAUCUGUGUCUAUCUUGAUCUAGUUAUAAGCAUAUAAAUAAGCAAUAUAAUUAAUCAACUUUAAUCAGGCAUCUGUUAAAACAACAUUAUUGGUUUGGUUUCUCAGGUGUCUGUCAAUAAGCUAAACUGUUCCUAAUGUGCCCAAGAUGCCUGGGUCAUUAUGCAGUGAUCAUUAAAGCCAAUAUUAUCAUUUGUUUCUGGCCAAGAUAGCUACCUAAAUGGACAAAAAGGAAAAAAAAGGGAGGGAAAGGAUGCUUUUUGGUACUAUUCUAAAUGGUCCUGAGUAUGGGUGAAGCUCCUCUUCAAAAGCCCAGCUGGCUCACAUCAAGCAUAUUUCUUUGUUUUGUUGUUGAUUUCCACACACCCACCCCAAAUAGGUUCCAGUGGGGAGAUGAUCACUUACACCAGCUCCAGCCUGUUAUAGAAGGGGAAAUCCUGGGGCUACACCUGCAGAUGAAGGAGCUUUGGAUCCAUAGUCAUUUUUGUUCUCUCUCUAUCCCAGAAUUCCAAAUUUUGAGGCCUACUUCUAGUGGGAAGACCACUACUGGUACAGUUAUACCUUUUCUCUAGGUUAAUGUGGCAUCUUUAGAACAGAUACAAUGCCCAAUACUAGUGGAGAGACACCACCUUCCCAUUCAUCUUCAAGCAGUCUGUGCAGAUAUGCGGAAAAGAAAUGCUCUGCCCAUUCUUCACCCCAAAGUUAUAGUUACUAUCUUGAUUAACUUGUUGAGAACUCUACCCUAGACUCCCACCAUACGCUUUAUCAUCCUCAUCCACACAAUGUCAACAGUAGUCCUAUCUCAAACUGCUUUUGUUAAAAAUAAGGAUUAAUCAUAAUUUAUGGCAUGAAUCUACAAUGAGUUGUAAAAAAAAUAGGGAUGGAAAAGGGGGAAAAACAGGGGAAAGAAUUUUGCUGGAUUUGAUAAGAACCAAUUUGCUUCACCCAAAACUUGUUCCAAGAUGAAAUGCAGCUUAUCUCAAAAAAAUCCACACAUUUGCAUGUCUUGUGGAGGCAUUUUGUAGGAAUGAAUGACUAAAAAUGCAUAAAGCCAGAUAUGUAGACACAAACAUGCCUCAGCCAGUGAAGAAAGUGCAUGCACUAAAUGCAUUAACAAAUAUAUAUAUUGGGAAAAUAUGUAAAGCAUACGGUUUUCAAACAAAAUAUUACAAUCUAAUAAAAGUAUAAGGGCAGGAUGGGAAUUCAAAUAAGAUUCAAAGAUAUGCUGUGAAACAGAGUAAAAGUUUUUCACCUCCCUAAAUCUAAACAGCUUUGAGCAACAAUUCUUUAGAACGCAUGGUAGUAUGUUUUAAAAUAAAUGUGAAACACAACCAUCUUAUUCAUAUUAAAGCUGGAAACUAAAUAGAUAAUAGAGAGGUGGGCUUGUGGGAUUUGUUGUCAAAAACAUUUGGGGACGCAAGUCCAUUCUCCACCUCUGUGCUCCUGAAUAUUUAGUUGAACCUUACUAUAUCAACAAUGCAACUCAAUCCAUGUUUACUUGGCAGCAAAUAGUGAGGUUUACUCCCAGGUGACAUUGAAAACAUCUGAUGUGUGCACUCUGAUUUUACAUGAGCGAGUUAAAAAAAAGAGGUGCAUGAAAGCUUACAACCUGAAGAAUUCUCUUUCAUUAUAAAGAGAGAUAAUUAUUUUAAAAGAUUAUUGGAGCAGUAGGAAGUCUACAGUUGCAGUCUGGAUUAUGUUAAAUCUAGAUAUCAGAAGGUAGCACUGAAGCAGUAAUUUUAAAAAUAUCUGUAUAAAAAUAAGUUACUUUUGAAAUGUAUUUCUACAAAUUCAGUGCCUAAAGCAGCUACUACAGUAGAUUGUUGGUUUGUGAAGAUAAUGUUUUCAGUGAUCAGCUAUCUUUAAUCCAUUACGACACUAGCUGAGUAGACAUUUUCCUCUAGUGGCCAUUUGCAAUUUCUGUUUUAAAACUGUGGGUUUUUAAGAUUGCAGCAUCUCUUCUGAGUCCUGAAACCAUUUCUCCCCAACGUUUCUGAUUCUGCACAAGCUAGAUAAUAUUUGUUACAGCAAUCUGCUUUCAAAUCCCUGUUAAAGAAAUUGUCAGCAUUUCCACCCCUUUACCACAUUUGCCAUUGCAAAAAUGAUUAAUUUAAAAUAAUAUUUGUACACAUCAAUGUAUAAAUCAAGCAUCUCUGGAAGGAAACAGGUUUGUCUUUCAAAUCUUUUGUAAAUUGUGCUCACCCAAAGUUUUUUUUAAAAAUUAUUUUGCCUAACUUACACUGCAAUCCUAUAUAUGUCUACUUAGAAAUAAACCUCAUUGAACUGAAUGGGGCUUACUCUUAAGUAGAGGUACUCUAAGUAAUUGGAUGGGGCUUACUCUGAAGUAAGUGUGUAUAGGACUGCAGCCUCAAUUUACUUGAAUUUUAUUUUAUUUUAUUUAUUUGUAGAGUGUGAAGGCAGCUGUCUGGGGAAUGUUUACCCUUUUUUUGUUAAUUUGUAAAUGGUGUAAUGCAUUUUUUUUAUUUUUAAAAUUAUGUAUAUUCCUUUUUUUAAAAAAAAUGCACAAAACAUUUUACGUACAACUACUGCAAAUUUGUGUAUAUUGUCACCAAGCUUUAUUCAGUUAAUGCGGAUUACAUCUGAAAAUGUAAACAUACUUACAUUUUCAUAUGUGGUAUUUGUACAUAACUGAGGUAAUGCAGACAAUAAAU